UCUGUGCCGCCCUGUAAACACGACGCCACCAGACGCCUCCUCGCUCGCCGCUCUCGCGCUUUCGUGUAACUAUGUUGAUAUGAGCCGGUGAAUUUUGCUUGCUGCACAAUGUUCAUUACUAGCAUUGUGUAUAAAGUUAUACUGUGUAUUUUACACGCAUGUCUAUACGUCUUAGACGUAUUUCUUAUGGUGAAACACAAGCUGCUUCAUCGGUUGAAGUACUCGAGUGUGUAUGAUGCAAAGUUUGCCGACGCGAAACUUCCGUGCUCCUCGAGUGCUCACACCGGCAUGGACAUACUGCAGAAGGUUCCCAAGCACAUAGCUGUUUUAAUUGGUGAACACGACAUAUCGUAUCGAGAUGCCGCAAAUCUCGUAGUGUGGUGUUUGUUUGCCGGAAUACCGCACGUAACUCUCUACGAUGCCGAAGCUACAUAUUUACGAACCGGAGACUUCAUCCACCGUCCUUUCUUUCGCCAAGGGGCAUUAAAAGAGAACGUCACCAGACUCUACAAGGAGAUCUCAAGGAGCCAGGUUGAACACUUUGGAUGCAACGGCCGCUGCAAAGUUGUGCUGCAUGUAAAGGGCCAGGAAUUGCCAGAAAAGAAUGGUCAAAGGAAUGGCUACAAGCAGCACAUAAACGUGCACCUUGCGAGUGGUGAUGAUGGCCGCCCACACCUGGCGAGCAUAGCUCGCACAUUUUGCCAAGCUGUGGAGAGAGGAGAGAUGGUGCCCAGUGACAUCACUCCUCAUUUAAUACAGCGAGAGCUGGGAGAUGUUCCUGACCCUGAAUUGUUGCUAAGGUGUGGCUGUGUACACAGCCUGCUGGGUUACCCACCAUGGCAGAUUCGGCUAACAGAGAUUGUCACUUUGCCAACUCAUCACAACCUCCGGCUUUCGGAGUUCUUUGAAGCACUUGCCAAGUACAACAAGAGGGAACAGCGCUUCGGGAAGUAACUGUGAUAUAUUUGGAGCACAACUGUUCUUCACCCAGGACUCCAAGUUGGCUAUCCUCCAUCAUCCUUAACCCAUUGUCCCAGUGAUGAGAUGCUCCAUUCUAAAGGAGGAACUCUAAGUCUUCCUAUUAGUGUAUGAAUGUGUUGUUACUUAAGUUUUAUUAAUUUGGAUGUUUCUUUAUUGCUUGAAGGUCUUGCAGGUACCUUUUCCGUUUCAAUCUCUUGCCUUCACAAAGACAUGCCCUUGACGCAAGAUGAGCUUUUCAGACAUACAAGUUUGCGUGGGCAUUUAAAUGAAGAUUUUUAAAUGAAGAUUCCAGUAAUGAAUAUCUGGAAUUUUUCACCAUGUGGGUGGGAAUAGGCUAGUUAAGUACAACAUGGCCACAUUAUGUAGGUCUGCUGGAAAAUGCUGUAAAUAAAUAUGUUAAUUUGGAUGCUUCCUUCACUGCCCAGAUGUGCAGUUUCCUUUUUUGUUUAUUGCCCAAAAUGUCUUGCUUUUGACAUAACAUGAGCUUUUCAGACACGUGUUUGCAUAGGCAGGAAAUGAAGGUUUUGUCUAGUAAUGGCAAUCCACUUGUUUUUGCCAUGCUUGGGCUAAUAUAGAAUGGCCAUUGUUAGAUGGCUUUACUCAGAAGUGCUGUAAAUAAAUGUUUUCCACAUGUU